UCACGCAUCUGUCGCCGGCAGUAAUUAUUAGGAAAUUCAACGAAUUAAAUAGUAUGGAAACGGUUCGACCAUGCGGCUGCAAAGGGAUUCGAACCUGUCUCAUUUGCGAAAACGAAUACGGCAUAUCGAGAAUGAAACUGGCCGAUAAUUUACGAGAUAAAAAAUCUUACGUCUACUGUUCUUACUGCGACAAAGCUUGGCCCGGAUGGAAUCUUUCUAGCAAUCAACAUCCAAAUCACGUUGGAGAGCCGAUAGACUAUCCUGGUGUUUACAUAGAGCCAGAUUUUUUAAGCAAAAAUGAAGCCAACUCCUUGAUUAAAGACCUCGACGCAUUGCCGUGGGACCUUUCGCAGAGCGGACGCAGAAAACAGAAUUACGGGCCAAAGUGCAAUUUUAAAAAGCGUCGACUUCGUUUGGGAGAUUUCACUGGUUUUCCUGCGACAACUAGAUUCGUACAGGAAAAAUUGGCAAACGUUCCAUUGCUUCAAGGAUUUAAAACAAUCGAACAAUGCAGUCUUGAAUACAAUCCUGAGCGCGGAGCGUCAAUCGAUCCUCAUAUCGAUGACUGUUGGAUCUGGGGCGAGCGUAUCAUCACUGUGAACGUCAUCGGCGACUCGGUUCUCACAAUGACACCCUAUAGAGAUACAUUGCAUCGUUAUAAUUUGCUUGACGUCGCGACUUACCCAUCUGUUGUCGAAUCUGUCUUGGAUUCAAAGAAAACCCAACCCAAUACUGAGGAUCUAGCACAUGUAGUCGUGCGAUUGCCAAUGCCUGCAAGAUCGCUCAUGGUUUUAUAUGGUGCAUCAAGGUACAAUUGGGAACACGCUGUACUCAGGGAAGAUGUUCAAAGCCGUCGUGUUUGCAUCGCGUAUCGUGAAUUUACGCCACCUUAUUUACUAGGUGGUGAUCAUUUUGAUGAAGGUAGUAAAAUUUUAGAGAAAGCAAGUAUAUUUUGGUGAUGGAAAUCACUGUUAUAUUGUAUCGUAAGUUAUUAGGUCAUUUUAUAAAUGGUUAAUUGUAGAUAAAGUGAAUUUUACAUUCAUGUUAAUCAUAGCUUGAAGAUUAGUCACCUUUUUCAAUUUUGAAUCAUUCUAGUUGGAUAUUAAAAUAUCGACUGUCGAAUGUUGUGAGAAAGCCACAACGUCACCAAUUUUCUCAUUGCCAAAAUGUUUGUAAAUUUUUUUAAAUUUAUCAGGUCAAGGUAUAUCGGUAUUAUUAUGAUUAUUUUUCCUUUGAAUAUUGUACAAUUGAUUUAUUGCGCCUGUCCGAUUAAGUGGUCAUGUAAGAAAUUGUUUUGACGAAUAGUCAUAGGUAUCGGUGUAAUUACAAUUUAUUCUAAUUUUUUUACAAUAUUUUGUAUACAUACAUGUAUAUCAUAGUAUAAAUAUCAGUUAUAUUUAUAAAUUGUCGGGUAAAUCACAUUCAUAAAUUUGCAAACCCGUUUUAAACAUUAGUAUCAAUAAUGCAAUAAAUGUUUCUUUAUACCUCUGUGUAUAUAUACACACAUAUAUACUCUUUUAAUAUCUGUUAUUUAUAAAGUCAACUUAAACGCUACACCUAGCCUUUCUCAAUAGUAAUUGCACCUCGUUAGCGCUAAAAUUACGGAUAUUGUUUCUACUAUGGUGAAAUCGACGUAACGUAAAUAAUUUUGCUCGUAUUUACAAAGUUAUAUAAAAAUUGCACAAGUACAUGUGUAACUGGAUGUUACGAUUGUUGCCUUGUGGAGGAGAAAAAUUCUGCUGUAAGUUAAAGUAGAGCAGUGACUUCCUUUUUAGCUGUGCCGAUACGUCAAAUGUUCAGAGAA